UGCAGCGAGGCCUGUGGUGCUGACUACACUCUCUGCCUCUUUCCCUCCUCUCUCAUUCUGACGCUUCCCCGCUUUGCUGCCUCACUCUCUCUCUCUCUCUUUCUCACACCCAUCUCAGCCUCUCUCGCCCUCAUUCCUCCACACCACUGCAGACAUGGCCGAGUCUUUCGUUGGCACAUGGAACCUCAAGAACAGCGAGAAAUUCGAUGAGUACAUGAAGGAGCUGGGUGUGGGCUUUGCUACUCGUAAGGUCGGCAACAUGACCAAGCCCACCACCAUCAUCUCGGUGGAAGGCGACACGGUGACGGUGAAGACCCAGAGCACCAUUAAGAACACAGAGCUUUCCUUCAAGCUGGGAGAGGAGUUUGACGAGACCACCGCCGAUGACAGGAAGGUUAAGUCCAUCGUGACGGUAGAUAGUGGGAAGAUGGUGCACAUACAGAGGUGGGACGGCAAAGAGACCAGCCUGGUCAGGGAAGUCAGCGGAAACGCCCUCACACUGACGCUCACAAUGGGAGACGUCGUUUGCACGCGUCACUACGAGAAGGCAGAGUAAAAACCCAACGCCCAGUCCCGCCUGAAACCUCUACUUGCUUCAUCUAAGGUCCGGCUGCACCCCAAACUCUUUAACACCACUUCAACCCAGGCCAAGCAAGCCCCUUCGUACGGCUGCUGCUGAUUCCCCUCUGUGUUCCUUUAUACUGUUCUCUCAGUACUGACAUUACUGCUGACUGUGACCUCCCCUUUUCUCGAUAUGUUGUUCCUUCUACUGUAAGAAACACUGAAUAAAUUCCAAUGAUUUGUUGUUGUUUUUCUCUCAAAAAAAUUCCAGGGCUGCAUUUUUUUUUUUCUGUUGUUGUUGUUGUGUUGGAAAAUGUGUUUUGCAUGGUGCCUCUGAUAAGCCUGGAAAAGUGUUAGAAUUUGAACAUUUGCCUGUUGAGAGCUAAAAAACUUUAAAUAAAAGCGUCCACACUGAUAAAACUGGCAAA